AUGUCAAUAGAAAUUCCAUCGCUAUUCAGUUUAUGUGUUGAUAAAAUUAAUUUAUAUUUAAAAAAUAAUAAAAAUAAUGAAGAUUAUAAUCACAACAAUAAUAACAAUGACAAUAACGAAGAUGAUAACGAAUUAAGUUUUGAAUUCAAUAGAGAUCAUACACCGUUAUCGAUACUAUUUAAAAAUUGUUCAUCAAUUUUAAUAAAUAAUAAUAGUAGUGGUAAUAGUAAUAAUAAUAGUAAUAAAAUUAAAUUAUAUAAUAGUUUUUUAAAAUCAUUAAUUGAUAAAAAUAAAUUAACAAUCGAACAUCUUUAUAAUAUUUCUAUAUCAUUACCACUUCAUUUUAUUACUCAUUUGGAUCUAAGAUCUAAUGUAGUAAAUAACAACCAUUGUUAUAUAAUAUCAAAUAUUUCAAAUUGUAAUCAAUUGGGAGAUUCAGCAUUAAAGUAUAUCAGUGAAUUUCCAAGGAUUGAAACAUUGGAUAUUUCAAAUAAUAUAAAUAUUUCAGAUCAAGGUUUCAAUUACUUGAUGAACUCAAAUUCCCUUAAAGAGUUAAUCGCAAAAUCAACACCAUUAACAGAUAAUUCAAUCAUCGAAACCAUUGAAGCCAAUAAUAAAUAUAUUGAAGGUGAAAUUAUCCAACAACCAUUCCCAAGCUUAGAAACACUAAUAUUAACCAACACGUUUAUUUCAAAUAGUUCUUUAUCACUUUUCUUGCAACUUCAAUCGAUUUUAUCUAUCGACUUAUUUGGUUCAAAGUGUACUAUUGAAGGCUUCAAUCAAUUCCAAAACUCAGUUUUAUUCAAAAAAUCCUUAAAUAACAAAAAUAAAAAAUGUAUAGUUAACUCCACUUUAAUGACAAUCUACAUGGAUCAAACAAAUAACAAUAGUAAUAAUAAUAAUAAUAGUAAUAAAACCAGUGAUAAAAAUAAUAAUAAACUAUGGCCAAUAGAUGAUAUAAUCAACUUUAUAUUAAAUUGUAAAUUAAAUAAUAAUAGUAAUAAUAAUUGUAAUACUAGCUUAAAUACUUCAGUUUCAUCAUUGGAUUGCAGUAUUGAUAGUUUAAACUCAUCGUCAAAUAAUAUAUUCAAUGAUAAAAAAAUUUAUGAUAUAAUAAAAGACGAACCAUUCAUAAUAGAAACAAUCCCACCAUUCCCAAUAAAGCCAAUUAGUACAAGCGAAAGUAUUUUAGAUUUUUUAGGAAAUAAAACCCCAACUAAAACACCAAUAAAAUCAAAAAAUAAUUAUUCACCGACAUCUCCAUCACCCUUGGGAAAAGCAGUUACAGAAACCACUAAAAAAUCAAAUAAACAGCUUCAGUUUUCUUUAUUAAAAGAUCCAUUUUCAAACUCACCAACUAAAAGAGAACUAUCGAAAAUACAUCAAUCACCAUCACAUUUAAAUAUUUACUCCAAAGUAUCAAUGAACCAAUCAUUCAAUGAAGGUAGCACUCAAAAACUAUUGUUUUCUCCAUCAAAAAAAGCAAACAACUCUAUCAAUAACCAAAUUUUUAAAACAAUGGCAACACCUUUAAUUUCACCCAAAUCAGUUCGAAGAUAUGAUUCAAAAAUAUAUGAUGAUUUUAUCUCAAGCGACGAUGAUGAUGAUGACACUGACACUGACAAUGAUGAUGAUGAUGAUGAUGACAUAUCCGAUCAAGAAAAAGAAAUCUAUGCCACACCUAAAAAACUAAAAAAGCCACCAAAAUCUCAAUCUAUUAGCCCAAAUAAAUUAAAGUCAAUAAAGAAUAAUAAUAAAGAAAAUAAUAUUGAUAAUAAUAAUAAUAUUAACAAUGGAUAUUAUUUAACUCCAACAAAAGGGGUUUCAAAAAAAAGAAAAAGUUUCCCACAAUCAACAAAUAAAAAUAAAAAUAAUAAUAAUAAUAUUAAUAAUAAUAAUAAUAAUUGCAAAAAACAAAAUACAAAAAAGAAACUAAUAUUUGAUAAAGAAGAUUAA